AUGAAAGCCAAAGUAAAGAGAGAAAAACCGGAGAUCAAACAGGAAUAUCAUCCUGAUGACAGACCUCAACGACGUGAUCAGGGUGUUCAAACGGACACUUUUCGCAAUCAAGAUGACAAGAAGAUCAUCGCCGAACUUCGAAAGGAACUAGAAAACUCGGCCCGUCGUUAUGAGAAGCUCAAGUCUGAUAAAGACAAGAUUGUGGCCAUGCUUCAGUGCGAUAUUUGCGGCGAGAAACCUUUUGGCCAUUGCUGCUUGAACCACUUUUACUGUUCCAAAGAAUGCCAAAAGGUUGGAUGGAUUACCGGCCACAUGCAGAUUUGCAAGAAACGACUCGCCAAGAAACGUCCUCAAUCAAAUGCAUCCGAAACGCCAAAUGCCGAGAAGAAACAAAAAACUGCUUAG